GGACACAGCCUCCUUUUGCCGGACGUCUUGUAACAGCUAUUCUGGUUACGCUUCGUUGGACAUUGCUUGGUUUGGUUACCACUGAUAUAACCUUUGGCACGGAUCUGACAGUCGACCUACUUGUGUACUGUACAACCAAUAGAAAUUUGGUUUGACUAGCUAAGGUUCGCAUGCGAACCAAUGGCGUAUUUCGUUGCUUCAUUGACCCUAAAAAUUCCGAGUAUCUCCGUACUCUAGUAUCGCUACACUCUUUCAAUGCUCGUGAAGGAUGAAAUUUAAUAUAAUAUAGUCUAGCAAAGAACGUUUAUUACAAUCAACAGAUGAGGGUUUGCCUUGUAAUGUUGAAUGCAGUCUUGCGAAGGGUGUGGCCUAUUCAUCUCCAGUGUCUCUAAAGGAUAUCUACUUCAGUUGGCUGCUGCUUUGUUCUUUGCCACAGUUCCUCAUUUGAGAUUCGAGGAGUGUCCAGAUCUUUCUGUUAGUGUACUCAGUGAAGCUUUUCCUUUGCUAAAAUAAUUGCCUAGAGCAGCUAUAAGCGCCAUCCACAUAGAGAACAUCUAUGGGCUUGAGAUUGACGUAUUCCUGGACUAUUGCUUAAAUUCCCCACAUCACGUAUUCAACUGGAACGUCAGGGAUGAAUGCAGUUUUGAAUUGCUACAACGCUAAUCAGUGGACACCGUAAAAAGUGUGAUUGAUUUGCACCUACGGCCUUUGCGUCACCUGUUUGUUUUCAUUGAAUCCCUACUCACCAGGUCAUAGAUUGCAGCGGAGAGUUUUACUCAAGCAUUUGUCCCUAAUCUCACCUACACUUCAUUAUGACUUCUGACAGACAUUACAUUAAUGGCUGCCCCAUAUCUGAAGGGCAGCAACUUGCUUGUCCUGGGCACAUUUUAAUUACAGGCGGUGCUGGUUACAUUGGUUCAACUUUAGUUCCUAUUCUGUUAGAAAGAGGAUAUGAGGUGACAGUUUAUGAUUUGUUUCUAUGGGGAGUCAGCCCUUUGCUUCCUGUGUCAGAAAAUCCAAGGUUGCAUAUAGUCAAUGGAGAUAUCUUAGACAAGGACAAACUGGCCGAGGUGAUGGAAGGGAAAACUGGCAUUAUCCAUUUGGCUGCCAUUGUUGGCUAUCCAGCUUGUGAUAAAGAUCCAGAGAAAGCUCAGCAGGUCAAUGUUGAAGGCACAAGGAACAUUACAUCUUUGAAGACUCCCAAUCAGGCUUUGGUUUAUGCCAGCACUGGUUCUUGUUAUGGGGCAGUUGACGGAAAGUGCACAGAAGACACUAAAAUCAGCCCCUUGUCUUUAUAUGGACGCAGUAAAGCAGAGGGUGAAGAGUUAGUCUUGCAGGUCAAUGGCACUGCUUUGCGCUUAGCCACUGUGUUUGGUAUCUCCCCUCGUAUACGCCUUGACCUCUUGGUAAACGAUUUAACCUACAAGGCCCUGACUAUCAAGCAUUUUGAUCUGUAUGAAGGGCAUUUCCGGCGUACGUUUCUUCAUGUCCGUGAUGCCGCUCGAGCUUUUCUCUUUGCUAUAGAGAACACCAAAGUAAUGUCUGGACAAGCCUACAAUGUUGGCGAUGAAAAAAUGAACCUGACUAAGAAUGAAGUGGCUCAGGUGAUACAAAAUAAAAUCCCCAACUGCAAAAUUGUACCAUCAGCGAUUGGAGAAGACAAGGACAAACGUGACUAUGAGGUGAGUUAUGAGAAAAUCAGAAAACUGGGCUUCAGGUCUACUGUGACAGUGGAUGAAGGUGUGGUCAAUUUGAUCAAAGUUUUACCCAAUAUGUUGGACUUGGAAAUUAAGAGAAGCAGGAAUGUAUAACAGUUUCUGUUGAUUUAGUCUUUUAUUAAUACUUUAUAAACUUGUCAAGUGGGUUAGUAUAUUUUUUUGAUCCAUUUAUUGCAUCUGGGGGGAAACUUAAAAUGAUGCCACAAAACAUCUUUCUUUGAUCUGAAAGUACUUUGGGGUUUUGAAUACUUGUACCUUUUUUUUGUGCCAUUAAACUAUACAACAGUUACUAUGCUUUCUUAUUAAACUAUACAACAGUUA